GUGGCUUCCGGCUCAUCGCCACGCCCCCCGGCCAAUCACGGCAGAGGACUGUCCGCCGGCCCCGCCCCCGCCUCGCCGUCGGUCGCGCGCAGCUAGCGCCUGAGGAACUGCGGCUGCGGUUCCGAGCGGGGUCUGGGGUGUUACCAUUGAAUGACCAGAAAGGGUGAGGCCCCCGCGGUGGCCCGGGGGUUGGGGCCGAGGGUCGCGGGCCCUCAGAGCACUGCGGCCGCGGAGGCACAGCCUCCGCCUCCAAAUCCGGGCCUCUUGGGGCGACAGGCCCUGAGUUCCUGGGAAGCCGGGGUUCCUAGUGGUCUUGGCUAGGGGCGGGGGUGGGGAAUCAGCCCCGUCGCUGGGCCUCGGGCAGGGCGACAUCGCCCACAGUGAGCGCCGCCGGCGGCCCGCAUCCCCCUCUCCGACGUCGAGGUCAUCUCCCAAACCUUUGAAUCUGGGAAGCCUUCUCCGGCCGCCGUCUCCCCGGGUGCCCUCUUCCCCCAGCUCACUGUAAACAUCUUUUAUUUAAUGACCUCUGAGACACCCCCUACCCUCAUCCUGGGUCCUUCGGGGCAGAGGCCAGUGAGUCGUAAACGUCCGGAGCCCUGGAAUGCGGCCCAAGCGAAAAAGCCACCCCGGUGUGGGGGGGGCGGUCCGCGAGUCCGGAACCGAGGGGUGGCGACUGGCGCUGGGGAACUCGGAGCCCAUCCCGCUGGCAUUGCGGGCUCUCUCGCCGCAGCGUCUGGCUCCGUCCAAGCCCGAGCCCCGGGUGGGAUUGGAAGCCGGGCCCCAGCCUUUCCCAGAAUUCAGGCUUGCAGAGCGUCUGCAGGUGUCUGCCUGCCACUUGCAGCGGGACAGUUCCAAACACCUGUUGAAAGUGCAGAUUCCCCUAUCUAGUGCGGGGAGCCCGGAGUCCGGCUCUCGGUGCAAAGCGUUCCUGCAGAAUUGCUUCCACGUAAAGGGACCUUCGGGAAAUUUCGCUGGACACCGGCUGGCAUUGACAAACCCAGCGUCCCUGGGCCUUGUGAGGUUUCCAAGCAGGCUGAUUGCGAGGCAACAUGUCUGCUUCGGUGAAAGAAAGCCUUCAGCUUCAGCUACUGGAAAUGGAAAUGCUGUUUUCUAUGUUUCCUAACCAAGGAGAAGUAAAACUUGAAGAUGUAAAUGCCCUGACGAAUAUAAAGAGGUAUUUGGAAGGCACCAGGGAGGCGCUGCCACCAAAAAUCGAAUUUGUAAUUACGCUCCAGAUUGAAGAGCCCAAGGUGAAAAUUGAUUUGCAAGUGACCAUGCCUCACAGCUACCCCUAUGUAGCACUGCAGCUGUUUGGACGGUCAUCUGAACUUGACAGACAUCAGCAGCUACUUCUCAACAAAGGUCUCACUUCCUACAUAGGGACUUUUGAUCCAGGUGAGCUCUGUAUAUGUGCAGCAAUCCAGUGGCUACAGGACAACAGUGCAUCUUAUUUCCUGAACAGAAAGCUUGUAUAUGAACCAUCUACACAAGCAAAACCAGUCAAGAACACAUUCCUCCGAAUGUGGAUCUACAGUCACCAUAUAUAUCAGCAGGACCUAAGGAAAAAGAUUUUGGAUGUUGGGAAAAGGUUAGAUGUGACUGGAUUUUGCAUGACAGGAAAGCCUGGUAUAAUCUGUGUGGAGGGUUUCAAAGAGCACUGUGAGGAGUUCUGGCACACAAUUAGGUACCCCAAUUGGAAGCACAUUUCCUGUAAGCAUGCUGAAAGCGUGGAGACAGAAGGAAAUGGUGAGGACCUGCGCCUUUUCCAUUGUUUUGAAGAAUUACUCCUUGAGGCUCAUGGUGACUAUGGAUUAAGGAAUGACUAUCACAUGAAUCUGGGCCAGUUCUUAGAAUUUCUCAAGAAGCACAAAAGUGAGCAUGUUUUUCAGAUACUAUUUGGUAUUGAAAGCAAAAGUUCAGACUCGUAAAAAGCGAUUAAGAGGCCUGUGCUUGUAAUUUCACUAAGUCAGUAUUUCUGUUAAUAAGACCAAAUUAAAAAGGCUGGUGGCUGUGUAGCAUCCUCAGUGCAAAACCCAGCUCCAGAAUUUUCACCUGGUAAUGAAUUUCAGCUGACAGUGAAAUGAAUAGGCCUUUAAACUUUAUAACAGUGCAAUUGUGAUGUUAUCUGUAGGUUCUUGUGUUAAGUCAUUCAAAAACUAUUUCAUUGUAAAUUAAUAAAAACAAUCCAUUUCA